AUGAAGGACGCGGCGGGGCUGGCACUGUGUUACUUCGACACUGUGAUGUUCAAGAAGACAGGCGCGCACGGAGACCGCGGGGUGGUGAUGGAGGUCAUGCCCGGCAAGAGGCUUAGCGUGUUGUGCGUCGACGGCACCGAGGUGGUCCAGAAGGCUCGCGACAUCACCGUCGUCGAUCGGAGCUUCUUAUACCCAGGCAUGGCCGUCGCCUCGGCGUCGGACCUCAGUGGCCAGGCCGGGGUCGUCACGGGCGUCUCCACGGCGCUCGACCUGGUUCAGCUCGACGGCGAACCGACGGUUGUCGCUAGGGACGUGUCGCCAGCUGAGGUGCAGCGCGUCAGGGAGCUCAACCCGGGCGACUACGUCGUUUCCGGGCCGUGGCUCGGCCGGGUUCUUGAAGCGUCCCUCGACGUGGACGUAUUGUUUGACGACGGAGCCGUCUGCAGGGUCACUGUCAGUCGGCCGGGCAGAGAACUUGAAGCCACCAUGGACAAGGACAAAGGAAACAGUGAUUAUUUCUACCCGGGGCAACCUGUCGUCGGCCAUGGAACCGUCUUUAAGGCCUCCCGAUGGCUCAAGGGCUACUGGAAGCCAACCCGCGUGAAAGGCACCGUUGCCAAGGUCGAGAUGGCCGGCGUGCUCGUCUACUGGGUCGCCUCGUCGCAGAUGGGCACCGAGAGGUCCCUCUUCCAGGCGUCCGCACCUCCGGCGUACCAGCACAACUCUCACAACCUAACAUUCUUCUGCUCCGGCGAUGGCCUCCUGGUCCGGCUCUGGAUUGUGAGCGAGCGUUGCUUCUUUCGCUCCCCCCACUGCCGCGGCCGCGCACCUACUACUUGUAGAACCACUGCCACUGCCAGCAAUCUGUAUGAGUCGUCGUUACCGCCUGCAUCUACCGCAACAGCAGAUGAGGAUGGUCAGGAAUCACCAUCUGCUGCUGCCCGUGGGCUAACAAGGACGCACCGUAAUCGGCUGAGGAUGGGGGUCAAGCGGAUGCGGCGACUAGAUCGGAGGCGCGCAGAGUUCGAGCUGUCAAUGUCCGUCGCCGAUGUCCGCACGACGGUCGACGUGUUGUGGCAGGAUGGAACGCGGCAGUACGGCGUGCCAUCGGCAACGCUGCACCCCAUCUGGCACCGGAACGAGCGAGACUUCUUCCCGGGGCAGCGCGUCAUCCGCAGUACGCCGUCGCACGUCGCCGCUCCAACUACUGCUACGGACUUGGAUGCAGCUGGACCGGCCGCAGCACGUUUUGGCAUCGUCAGAAGCCUCAAUUACAAGGACCAAACCGUGUGUGUGUCUUGGUUGAAGGCGGCGACGUGCGCAGGGGAGUACCCAGAGGUCGACUGCGACGAAACCAUGAGUGUAUACGAUAAUCUGCGCCGGAGUUUCGACCACAAGUUAUUCUACGGAAAUAUUGUCGUUCGCCUGCAGCCAACAGAUUCAGCCAGGGUCGACGGCGAUGGUGGCAGAAGCACGGAAGAGCCAGUGCCGGCACAGCGGAACAAGAAAAAGGGUGCCGCCGAUGAUCUUUCAUGGGUCGGACAUAUCGUUGAUCUUUGUGAUGCAAAAUACCUCCAAGUCAAGUGGGGUGACGGCAACACGUCAAAGGUGUUGCCUCAUGAGAUUGCCGUAGUCAAACCACAAAGUGUCGACAAGAUGCUCCAUGACUUGGGUGAUUGGGUGUACGAGGAUGGAGACGAGGACGAUGCCGUUGACAAGGCACAAGAGGACACGCCUCAAGAGCUCGCCGCCGCUGAUGACGAAGCAGAUGACGAUUCUAGCAGCGACAGUGACGGCGAGGAUGGCCCUGCAGCGGCGAGGACAACAGGCUUGGCGGAUGCUGUCGCCCAAGCAAUGAUCCGACUAUACGGUGAAGUGCUUGCCCAGGGCAAGAGGUAUCUGGUGAACGGGUCGGCGGCACUGGCCUCGAGAUUAGGACGUGCUACCACGGUGAACAUCGAGACACCCGCGCCAGUGUCCGGUGGAGGAGAUGACAAGGAAGCUGCCGCUGCUGUGGCAUCGGCAAGCGACAACGGAGGAGAUGGCUCUGCCGGGCAAGGGAAGGCCGAGGCAGAUGCCACCGGUGGUGGUGACGACUCGUUUCGCUUCCUUCAUUUUGAGGUCGUGCAGAGCCCUCCGGAUCACCAUUACCUCAACAACUUGGAGCAGGGCACUGGUGGUGGAAGGAAGUGGAUAAAAAGAGUACAAAAGGAAUGGAAAAUUCUUGAGAAUAACUUGCCCGACACCAUCUACUUGCGGGCGUUUGAGGACCGCAUGGACCUGCUCCGGGUGGCGAUGGUGGGCGCCAGCGGGACGCCAUACCACGACGGCCUCUUCUUCUUUGACCUGCAGCUGCCGCCGUCAUACCCCGCCGUGCCACCGCUGGUGAACUACCGCUCAUUUGGACUCCGUGUGAACCCCAACCUCUACCAGUCCGGCACGGUGUGCCUGAGCCUACUCGACACCUUUGGCGGCAAGGGCACCGAGCUCUGGUCACCGGAGGCGUCGAACGUGCUCCAGGUUGUCGUCUCCAUCCAGGGUCUCGUGCUCACCGCCCAGCCCUACUACAACGAGGCCGGCUACGCUGCUCAGGUCGGCACGCCGGAGGGUCGCCGCAACGAGCUUCCAUACAGCGAGAACACCUACCUGCUCACCCUCCAGACCAUGCUGCACUUGCUGCGCCGGCCACCGGCGGGCUUCGAGGCGUUUGUCAGGCACCAUUUCCACCACCGCGGGCGGCACGUGCUCCGGGCGUGCGAGGCGUACUUGGCUGGCUGCCUGGUCGGCACGCUCGAUGGCGAGGCGCGUGCCACGGAGCUGAGCAGGAAGCGGCCGUGCUCGGUGGGGUUCAGGCUCGCGCUCGCCAAUGUGGUGCCGCGGCUCGUUGAGGCGUUCAAUGAGAUCGACGCCGACGGAUGCGAGCAGUUCGACCGGCUCCGUGCAGCAGCCGAUGAACAGCUCUUGUUGACCAAAGGUAUAAAUUAAAACGGAGUGAAUAUGGACAGCUCUGCUGUGCCGGUGCUGGUUCUCUGGCCUGCAAUUAGACUAUAGCAGUCUUUUUGUGGCGGCAUGCAAUAGACGAGCACUGCAAUUUGCAACAACAAUCAGUAGUACAAGAAACAAUAGAGAGUAGAUCGAUCCAUGUAGUCAUGGACUUUGGUUAAUUUUGUUCUUCUAAUUAUCUCAAGAUCGAUGUUGGACCGAGUGGUACAAAUAUAUAUAUACUACAUGCUUCCUACAUUCAGCGUCAUAAAUCUCAAAUGAGGUU